AUGGAUGAUUAUAGUAAACGAUGCGGUAUAACAUCGUUGAUGGGACCGAAACGUUUUCGUCCACCGGCAUUAACAAUCGAAGACCUACCCAAUGAUCUCGAUGCUAUACUUAUUUCACAUAAUCAUUUUGAUCAUCUCGAUUAUCUUAGUGUAAAACGUUUAAAUGACCGUUAUGGUGAACGACUAACUUGGUUCUGUGGUCGAGGUACUCGACAAUGGUUUCUCGUUCAUGGUGUAAAAAAUGUUGUUGAACUCGACUGGUGGGAAGAGUAUCAUUUUUCAAAAAAAGCAGUGAAUAUUGCUUUUUGUCCAGCUCAACAUUGGAGUCGUCGUACUGCAUUCGAUAUGAACAAGGCUUUGUGGGGUGGUUAUGCUGUUUGGGAUCAUACACACAAAUUUUACGUUGCUGGAGAUACAGGUUAUACGCAUAACAUUUCAAUUUUUCGACAAAUUGGCAAAAAAUAUGGUCCGUUCGAUUUAAGUGCUAUACCGAUUGGUGCUUAUGAACCACGAUGGAUGAUGGAAGCUCAACAUGUGUCACCAGAUGAAGCGGUUCAAAUACAUAUUGAUGUUCAAUCAAAAAAAUCGAUCGGUAUUCAUUGGGGCACAUGGGCAUUGGCUAAUGAAUAUUUUAUGGAACCCCCUGAGAAACUUUCUCAAGCAGUUGAAAACAAUCAGCUCGAUCCGUCAUCAUUUAUUGUAGUUAAACAUGGCGAAAUUUUUGAUUUAUCCUAA